ACAGCCAAACGCUCCCUUCGAUUCGAGCAUUUACCGCCUUCUGAAAGUCCCAUGGUAGUAGGGGGAGACUAGGGUUUACAAUUUUCAUUGCAGCAAGAAGAACUCCAUUUGGACCCCCGAAUUUCUUCGGAAGCAUCCAAUUUGAAGUUCUUGUAUACCCUAACAGGAACUUUUGCUUAUAUCUUAUGUGAAAUCGACAACACCAUCUCAAUUCGUCAGACCAGAAAAUCCGAAACCCCAGGACAAUGACGAAAGUCUACGGAACUGGAGUAUUCGACUUCCGGCGCCACCGUGUUGCUGAAUACCCCGUUACCGUCGGCGGUUCCGACCAAACAGUUCCGGAGAGGCCGCCGGAAUCAAAACCCGGCACCAAUUUGCCAAGCUCCAUGACUCUUGUUGAAAUCCAGCGGGACCGGCUGACUAAGAUUGCGGAUGCGAACUGGUCGAAAACGUCAACAAACAGUGAGAAACCUCCGUUCAGUGCGGAGCUGGUGAAGGAGAUUUAUGAGACUGAGUUGUUGGUGAAGGAGGAGGGCGGGAAGAUGAGGAGAACGGUGCCAUUGCAGAGGGUUAUGAUUCUUGAAGUCAGUCAGUACUUGGAGAAUUACCUCUGGCCGAAUUUUGAUCCCGAGGCUUCUUCGUUUGAGCAUGUCAUGUCCAUGAUUCUCAUGAUUAACGAGAAGUUUCGAGAGAAUGUUGCUGCUUGGAUAUGCUUUUAUGAUAGGAAAGAUAUGUUUAAGGAAUUUCUUGAGAGGGUUCUCUGCUUGAAGGAGGGAAGAAGCCUGAGUAUUGCAGAGAAGACAAAUUACCUACUUUUUAUGAUUAAUGCCUUCCAGAGCCUGGAGGAUGAUAUAGUAAGCAAGAAAGUCAUGAGAUUGGCUAGUCUUCAUUGCUGGCAUAGUCUAUCGUUUGGUCGUUUUCAGAUGGAGCUUUGUCUUAAUCCAGAUUUGAUUAAAAAAUGGAAAAGAAUUGCAAAAAAAGCGAAGGAGGCAAAGAAACGAGGGGAAACUUUUGAUAUUUCAAUGAUGCUAGAAGUGAAGUUCUUGAGGAACCUCAUUGAAGAAUUUUUGGAGGUACUCGAUUCCAAAGUAUUUUACCAUGAUGAUGGCAGAGGAGGGUCCGGCAUUCAUGGAUUUGAACAAAUCAAUGAAGCUUCAAUCUUGUAUUGUGAGAGGUUUAUGGAAUUCUUAAUUGAUCUUUUGAGCCAGCUUCCAACCAGGAGAUACUUUAAACCUCUUGUUGCUGAUGUUGCCGUGGUCGCGAAAUGUCAUUUGAGUGUUCUCUAUAGACAUGAAAAAGGCAAGCUCUUUGCGCAGUUGGUUGACCUGCUACAGUACUAUGAAGGUUUCGAGAUUGAUAAUAACUUGGGGAGACAAAUGACCGAUGAUGAGGUGCUUCAAGCCCAUUAUGAACGCUUUCAAGCUUUUCAGCUUCUUUCAUUUAAAAAGAUACCCAAGCUGAGAGAACUUGCACUUGCGAACAUUGGGGCGAUUCAUAAACGUGUUGAUCUAUCAAAGAAAUUGUCUGUUCUUUCUCCUGAUGAAUUGAGGGACUUGGUCUGCAGUAAGCUUAAAUUGGUUUCAAAGAAUGAUCCAUGGACUGAAAGGGUUGAUUUUCUUAUUGAAGUCAUGGUCUCAUUUUUUGAGAAGCAGCAGUCUCAAAAAGAAGCCAUAAAUGCUCUGCCACUGUAUCCAAAUGAACAGAUUAUGUGGGAUGAAAGCCUUGUUCCUAGCAUCAACUACUCUGGGGAGGGUUGCCUGGCACUUCCAAAACUGAAUUUGCAAUUUCUGACCCUUCAUGAUUAUCUUCUUAGAAAUUUUAACCUCUUCCGACUUGAAUCUACGUAUGAGAUUCGGGAGGACAUUCAGGAAGCUGUUCCACAUCUUCUUGCUUAUAUUAAUAAUGAAGGGGAACCUGCUUUCCGUGGUUGGUCAAGAAUGGCUGUACCUGUUAAAGAAUUUAAGAUUACUGAAGUGAAGCAACCGAAUAUUGGGGAAGUAAAGCCGUCAUCUGUUACCGCAGAGGUUACUUUUAGCAUUUCCAGUUACAGAGCACAGAUAAGGUCAGAAUGGAAUGCCCUAAAGGAGCAUGAUGUACUCUUUUUGCUUUGUAUCCGUCCAUCAUUUGAACCCCUUAGUGCUGACGAAGCAGCAAAUGCAUCUGUUCCACAAAGACUUGGCCUUCAAUUUGUACGAGGAUGUGAAAUUAUUGAGAUGCGUGAUGAGGAGGGAACUCUAAUGAAUGAUUUCACAGGAAGAAUUAAGCGGGACGAGUGGAAACCUCCAAAAGGUGAAUUAAGAACUGUGACGGUUGCCCUUGAUACUGCACAAUAUCAUAUGGAUGUUAGUGCUAUUGCUGAGAAAGGUGCAGAAGAUGUUUAUGGUACAUUCAAUAUCUUGAUGAGGAGGAAACCAAAGGAAAACAAUUUUAAAGCAAUCUUGGAGUCUAUAAGAGAUCUUAUGAAUGAAACUUGUAUUGUUCCUGACUGGUUGCAUGACAUCUUUUUGGGCUAUGGAAAUCCUUCUGCAGCUCAGUGGACCAAUAUGCCUGAUCUCCUUGAGACCGUAGAUUUUAAAGAUACUUUUCUAGAUGCUGAUCAUGUUAGAGAAUGUUUUUCAGCUUAUCAGGUCAUGUUUACAAAUUCAGAUGGUACAGAAAACCUGAAUCCUGGGCCCCCGUUUCGGAUCAAUGUACCCAGAAAUCUGAAAGGAAAUGCUCAUGCUCUCCCUGGAAACAAGUCCACAACAGCUUCAGUUGAUGUUGCAACAAAAGACAUUGCUGAUUUUGAGAAAGAAAAACUUAUUGUUGAGGCCUAUAUGCCUCCUGAUCCUGGUCCAUAUCCUCAAGAUCAGCCAAAGCAGAACUCUGUUAGAUUUACUCCCACACAGGUUGGAGCAAUAAUUUCAGGGAUACAACCAGGAUUGACAAUGGUCGUGGGUCCACCUGGUACUGGAAAGACUGAUACUGCAGUCCAGAUAUUGAACGUACUUUAUCACAAUUGCCCUUCUCAGAGGACAUUGAUAAUUACCCACUCAAAUCAGGCUUUGAACGACCUCUUUGAAAAAAUAAUGGAGAGGGAUGUGCCAGCCCGUUAUCUUCUCCGUCUUGGUCAAGGUGAGCAAGAACUAGCAACUGAUCUUGACUUCAGUCGUCAAGGCCGAGUCAAUGCAAUGCUUGUGCGACGUUUAGAGCUGCUUAGUGAAGUUGAGAGGCUUGCAAGAUCUUUACAACUGCCCGAGGAUGUAGGCUAUACUUGUGAAACUGCUGGAUACUUUUGGUUGCUUCAUGUUUACUCACGCUGGGAACAGUUUCUAGCUGUUUGUGCCAAGAAUCAAGAUAAACCAGCGUUUGUCAGGGAUAAGUUUCCCUUCACCGAGUUUUUCUCCAACACACUACAGCCGGUUUUCAGUGGGAAAUCUUUUGAAGAAGAUAUGCAUGCUGCUAAAGGUUGUUUUCGUCACCUUAAGACUGUCUUCCAGGAGCUUGAAGAAUGCAGAGCAUUUGAAUUGCUGAAGUCAACAGUUGACCGAGCGAAUCACCUUAUGACAAAGCAGGCCAAGAUUGUGGCAAUGACUUGCACUCAUGCAGCUUUAAAAAGAAAGGAUUUUCUGCAGUUGGGUUUCAAGUAUGAUAACCUGCUGAUGGAAGAAAGUGCACAAAUAUUAGAAAUCGAGACUUUCAUCCCAAUGUUACUCCAGAGGCAAGAAGAUGGCUAUGCUAGACUUAAACGGUGCAUUUUGAUUGGUGAUCAUCAUCAGCUGCCUCCAGUUGUGAAGAAUAUGGCUUUCCAAAAGUAUAGUCACAUGGAUCAAAGUUUAUUUACAAGGUUUGUUAGGUUGGGAAUUCCUUAUAUCGAGCUGAAUGCCCAGGGUAGAGCCAGACCAAGUUUAGCUAAGCUUUAUAAUUGGAGAUAUAGGGAUCUAGGUGAUCUUCCUUAUGUGAAGGAGAAUCCUUUUUUUCACAGAGCGAAUGCUGGAUUCUCUUUUGAUUAUCAGUUGGUGGAUGUGCCUGAUUACCAUGGGAAAGGUGAAACAGCUCCUUCUCCUUGGUUCUAUCAAAACGAGGGGGAGGCAGAAUAUCUUGUUAGCGUUUAUAUCUAUAUGCGGUUAUUAGGGUAUCCCGCAAAUAAAAUAUCCAUUCUGACAACGUAUAAUGGCCAGAAACUUCUAAUACGUGAUGUUCUUAACAGAAGAUGCGCUCCCUAUGAUUUUAUUGGCCUUCCACACAAGGUUGCAACAGUCGACAAGUUUCAAGGUCAGCAGAAUGAUUUUAUUCUACUGUCUCUUGUGAGGACUCGAUUUGUGGGACACCUUCGUGAUGUUAGAAGAUUGAUAGUUGCAAUGUCACGUGCCCGAUUGGGACUUUAUGUAUUUUGUCGCCGCUCACUGUUUGAGCAAUGUUAUGAACUGCAACCCACGUUUCAGCUUCUACUUCAGAGGCCUGACCUCCUUGGUCUCAAUCUGCAUGAGAUUGCACCAUCUACAGAUCGUCUCGUUGAUGACACUGGACCCAUGCACCUUGUGAGUGACGUCGACGAAAUAGCUGGGAUUGUCAACUUUAGAAUGCAUCAAGUGUAUCAGGCAAGAAUGAUUAGUCAUCAGUUCUCAGAUUAUUCUGGACAAACAGGAAGAACGGCCGCGCAAAAUGGUCAUGAUUUUCCUUCCGAACAUGAUGAGAUGGGAACUGAUUUACAGGACUUGCCAAGUGGGGAUCAAAUGGACACGGAAACACCAAAUGUUGAUGAUCACGCCAGUGAGGAUAUGCAAGUUGAUAACAAGCCAAACGAAACAAGUCAACUUGAAACUGCUCCUGAAGGUGAGAAUAUGCCUCCAGAGAGCGGUUCAAAUGUGGAAGUAAUUGUAGACGAAAAAAAUGAAUCUGUUCAAGAGGAUGAUUCAAACGUAUAAGAUGAAGUAGUAAUGUCGUGAAGAGCAUUUCACUAGAUGACUUAAUGAACCGGGUAACUUCUGGCAAAUACUUAUCGUUCAGGAAUGGUUCUGUCGAAGAAAAACGCACUGUACCGAUCACUGUGACGGGAAAUGGGGGACGAUUUCUGGAAACUUGACCACUUAUUAUUACAUGACAUUGAUCGACUCCGCCAGAAAGCCGAUGCUCGUGGUUUUUCAUUGUGUUUUUGAUCUAAUAUUGAUCAAAUUCAAGUGUGAUGGUUUGAGCAGUAAGAGGGAUUGUAACGAGGAAGAAAUGAUUGUUUUGGCUUUUAACACUAGUAGUUGCACACAGUUACUUGCAUCCGAAUAUUUGAAUCUUUCUACUGCAAUGCACUGAAAUUUUUGUAAAAUUGGUUGUAGAUUAUAUAAUUCUCUGCCUUCCAGGA